AUGUCAAGCUAUGUGAAAUUUUUGAAGGACAUCCUCUCAAACAAAAGAAAGCUAGAGGAGUAUAAGACUGUUGCUCUUACUGAGGAAUGCAAUGCCAUUUUGCAGAAGAAACUGCCUCCUAAACUUAAGGAUCCAGGGAGUUUUACUAUACCAUGUUCCAUUGAAAAUUCUAUAUUUGAAAAAGCUUUAUGUGAUUUAGGUGCAAGUAUUAAUCUCAUGCCUUUAUCUAUCUUUAAGAAGCUUGGUUUAGGUGAAGCAAAGCCAACUACAGUAAUACUGCAGCUGGCUGACAGGUCAUUGAAGCAUCCAAGGGGAAUAAUUGAAGACGUACUGGUGAAAGUGGGCAAGUUCAUCUUUCCAGCAGACUUCAUCAUUCUAGAUAUGGAGGAGGAUAAUGACCGUUUCAGCAGACAGUGGAGCCAUUUCAGCAACAAAAACAGCAGAUUGCUUCAAUUAUGGGGAAUGUUUCACGGCUACUAUUCCUCUACAUGCCGUUACCAAGCCGAACGUUACACCACAGGGCAUUCAUUGGCUUAUAAAAGCCAGAGAAAGACGAUGAAUGAGAGGGGGGCAGAAACACUGGAGAGGGAACGAGACAGGAGAAAGAAAACAGAGAAGGUGAAACGUAAAGAGGAGAAAACAGGGGGGAGAGAGCAGACAGAGAGGAGAAGUGGCAUUGAGGAGAAAAAAAGAAGGAGACAGUGA